UGGCUGCUAUAAGCGUUCUGAGAAAUAGGCUGAGAGGCACAUUGAAUCCAAGAGACCUCAUGUGUUCAAGCGGCAGGACUCCUGUGUGUCUGUGACCAACGAGAGGACACCACAAACACAGGCAGAAAGAGGAAUUGAGAGAGAGGGGAGGCAACAGGCUCGGUGGUAUGAACACUACAUGAGGGUAAAGCACUUAUGUAAGCUACAAAACAUAUCGUUGGACUUUUUUUUUUGUGGAGACAACACAGUAUUUCAUUCGAAGGAUUGUAAGGCUCUCUCCCGUUUCAAGCCAUGGGGAGCACAAGCCCACAACCUCCACUGAACGUCUUAGUGGGGACAAACUCCUCGUCUGCAGACUCGGAGAAGAGCGAGGCUGAGACCGUGCUGCUGGGCAUCCUGAUGGGCCUGCUGGUGCUGGGCAUCGUCUUUGGCAACGUGCUGGUCAUCACGGCUAUCAUCCGCUUCCAGAGGCUUCAGACCGUCACCAAUUACUUCAUCACCUCACUGGCCUGUGCCGACCUGGUAAUGGGGGUGCUGGUGGUGCCAUUUGGCGCGUGCUACAUCCUUCUUAACACCUGGCACUUCGGCAACUUCCUGUGCCUGUUCUGGACGGCGGCGGACGUGCUGUCGGUGACGGCCAGCAUCGAGACGCUGUGCGUGAUCGCGCUGGACCGCUACCUGGCCAUCACCUCGCCGCUGCGCUACCAGUCGCUGCUGACCAAGCGCAAGGCCUGCGUGGUGCUGCUGACGGUGUGGUUGGUGGCGGCGCUCAUCUCCUUCCUGCCCAUCCACAUGGAGUGGUGGGUGUCGGACGAGCCUGAGGCGCAGAAGUGCCUGCAGGACUCGCACUGCUGCGACUUCAACACGAACGCGCCCUACGCCGUGGCCUCCUCCAUCGUCUCCUUCUACAUCCCCCUGGUGGUCAUGGCUUUCGUGUACGCGCGCGUCUUCCAGGAAGCCCGCAAGCAGCUGCAGAAGAUCAACCGCAGCGAGGGCCGCUUCCGUCUGCAGAGCGGCCACUCCCAGGGCAGGGCCGGCGAGGAGACCAGGAGCAGCAAGAGGACUAAGUUCUGCCUGAAGGAGCACAAGGCGGUGAAAACCCUUGGCAUCAUCAUGGGCACGUUCACCCUCUGCUGGCUGCCCUUCUUUGUGCUCAAUGUGGUCGCGGCCAUCUGGAAGGUGGACAACAUCGGACUGACGUUUCGGAUACUUAACUGGAUAGGCUAUGCCAACUCGGCGUUCAAUCCGCUCAUUUAUUCCCGCAGCCUGGAGUUUAGGAGUGCUUUCAAGGAGAUCCUGUGCUGGGGAGGGGGGUCGUACCCCAGACACAGGAAAGCUAAUGGAUUAAUGUAUGGCGGACACAGCUGGCGAGCUGACUUGAGGACUAGCAGCCAAAGCAGGGCAUCACCAGAUUUAGGUGAUUUGGAGUUGGGGGCUGACACUCUCACCGUAACAUAUGAAACACAGAUGGAAACCGUACUAGAGAAAUAACAUCUACCAUCUAUGACAUAACAUCUACCAUCUAUGAUAAUCUCAAGGUAUUUUUGGUCUUUGAAUGUCUUGGGGGAAAAUAAUUACUGGUACUGGUACAAACUGGUAAGUUCAAAAAUGGAUGGUGUAUUAUACACCAGAUGUAUUCCUGGAUGGAUGUUACACUGCUGAAUUCUUUAAAAAUUCUACCAGUAUACAGUCAGGUGUGUAUUCUCAUGCAUGAGGACAUGAAAGAUAUGAGGCAAACUCAUGCCCAUCUUUGUCUCUGUUCAGCAAUGAGGGUACUUACGGUGCACAUAUGAACAUUAAAAUGAAAUGUGCAUCGAACAGGAGAGAGUAUACACCAUGACUAUUCUACCUACCUCAUAAAAUAUGUUUUUCUGUUCUCAUUUUGUUACUUUCAAUUUUACAUUCAGUUUACACUAAUGUAUAUAAAUGCAUACACAAACACAGGAGAAGCAUAAUACAUAACAAGAGGUGCAUACAGCAUGACAGAAGGAACGUGCUGUUUUGGCCACCUUUGUUAUAUGAAGAACACAUUCCGGAGGGAGGGAUGUACGUUUUUUUUUGUUUCUUUUUCAUUUCCAAAACCAAGGGGCCCCUGUAUGAUGCAGAUCCCUUGUCUAGAGAGGAGAAAUCGAAGUCUGACAAGGGUCAGCAGGUGCCAUUUGCCGCCUGUGCUUCAUGCAGCUGCACUUUUGUGCAAAAGAGAAAAAGAGAAAAAAGAGAAGCGCUGAGCUUCUGACAUCCUGUAAAACCUGCACUUCAGCUCUUCGCUCUUUACAUUUCCUGUUAGUACUGUAAGGUUACUUGGUGACUUGGGUUGGGUGCGUCAUGUGAGCCUCGACAUAAACUAAAGAUAGUAGCAUUACAGAGAUAGCAACCCCUGUCAGAGGCUAUGGUUGUUAUUGAAAUCGGGGAGAGGGCAGUGAGGGUAUUGAAAAAGCAUAUCAACAUGUAUAGCUUUUUCAGUGGGUAUUACAGUAUUACAGCGCUCAAAGCUGAACAAUUUACUGCAAUAGGUAAUGUUGUCUUUGUGAGAUACAGAUAAAUUGCCAUGGUCAGAAAAUAUAAAGGUUGUAGGCUACAGAUCUGCACUGCGGUAUCUUGGGGGCUCGUAAGUUUGUAAUUUGAUGUCUGAAGUCAUAGCUGACACUGAACAAAUAUCAUUGCUGUCGAUACAACACCAGACUACAGGUAUUUAUGUGUGAAAAUAUGAAAAUAUGGGUGUUAGCACAUCCAAAAAGACCCCACAGUGCACCUUUAAACCUCUCACAUGUAAGCACUUUCAGUGGAAGACAGAAGAGGUGAACUAAAAUCUAAAAUGUUAUUUUUUUAUGUUCUGUGUACUCAAAACGAAUUGGUCUACACACAUGUGUGUGUGUGUGUGUGUGUGUGUGUGUGUGUGUGUGAACGUGUGUGUGUGUGUGAGCGUGUGCAUGCGUGUGUGUCUGUGAGAGGAAAUUGAGAGAUUUUACUGUUUUGCAUAAGUGUGCACACCUGAACUCCUUUGACACAGUGGCAUUUGUUCGUAUGUGUUCUCAUUGAAAGUACUGCUUUCAGGUAAAACUGUGACGUAUUUUGAACUUGUUAUUUUUAGAAAAAAAACCAGUGUUCAGUCAAAUUUCUGAACUUUGUUGUGUUUGUGAAACACUGUUGAUGUACAAAAUUAGUGAACAUAGCAUGCCUUUAUGUGGAAGUAUAACUUUGAAUAAUGUGUUUAUGUUUUCCCACUGAUGAAGACCACUGAUGGUAGUGCAUUGUGAUUGUUGAGUGUUGAUACCUGAGAUUCUACUGUAAAAGUCUGUUGUUUUAUUGUUUGAACUCAUUCCAAAGACCCAUUUUUUCACAGUGACAUGAAAAAUUAUGGGUGUAAAAAGAGGACUGUAUUCAGAUUGUCCCAGAAAACAUCAUCCACUUGCUUGAUAUUGCUUAACGAGUCACUUUAAGAAACAAAAAAUUAAAUAUGGAUUUGUUAACUAUUGAUUUGUAGUUAUAUACAUGAUUGUUUGAGAUGUUUGUAAACACUGCCCUCCACUGGCCCUGCACAGCUUACAGUCAUUCCUGGUUUGAAACACACUCAGCACAUGGCACAUUGUCCUUACUGUCCCCUUAUGUCUGCAACCGGUUCGCUGCUCUAUGUGCUUUUUGCUGUUCGACAUCCAUGGAGGGAGACCAGCCUUUUUUUACUGGACCUCCUUGCUUGCAGUGAGAACAUUUUCUGAAGCAGAUUAUUUUUUUACAAACUGUGAAAUGUUGGUUACAGACGUUGUAUUGCACAUUCUUUCAUUUUCUAUAACUUUUCAUUUUUUUUCAAUUUAAACAUUUUCUAUAAUUUAUCAUACGCAGCUGUGGGAAAAAAAAGUUUCUCUGGUUUUACUAGUUAUAGGUGUGUGUGUGAGUAAAAUGAAAAUUUUUGUUUCAUUCUAUAAACUACUGACAACAUUUCUCCCAAAUUCCAAAUAAAAAUGUUGUCGUU